AUGCUGAACUCAGAGGAAUGCAAGCAGCUGAGCUCUAAUUCUGAGAGGUUGAAGUUAGCUGUAGACCACUGGAACUUGUUAGGGGCAGAGGAACGUGUGAUUUGGGCAGAAAGAGCAAAGGCUGUUCAAAGCAAUGACAUUCAUGACCUGACAGUUAAGCAGCGCACAAACCAAGUGAAAAAAGGGAAAAAGCAGCUUUUGUCACAGCUUACUUACUUAGAAAGUCUUGGUUGUGAAGCAGUUGUUUUAUUCUUGGAGCCUGGUGAUUCUUGUCUUCAACAGUUUGGAACAGAAAGGAAUCAACUUUUGAAUAGAAAUGAAAAAAUUGGUGUCAAUUCGUUGAGUAUUUGGGUAAGUGCUGUACCUACACAGUUAUUUUCAGAAACUUGUGGGUCUUGGAAUACCAGUGCAUUAUUUCUCAAGCAUUAG